AUGAGCGCUCCCGGGUCGAGCCGUCGCUGCAAAGCACAAGUGUCCCGCGUAGUCUCCUUCAGCGCGAGCCACCGGCUCCACAGCAAAUCGCUGAGUAAUGAGGAAAACUUGAAACUGUUUGGGAAGUGCAACAAUCCAAAUGGCCAUGGGCACAAUUAUAAAGUUGUGGUGACAGUACAUGGAGAGAUUGAUCCUGUUACAGGAAUGGUUAUGAAUUUGACCAACCUCAAAGAGUGUAUGGAGGAAGCAAUUAUGAAGCCUCUUGAUCAUAAGAAUCUGGAUCUUGAUGUCCCAUACUUUGCAGAUGUUGUGAGCACAACAGAAAAUGUUGCUGUGUAUAUCUGGGAAAACCUCCAGAAAUUUCUUCCUGUGGGAGUGCUAUAUAAAGUAAAAAUACAUGAAACUGACAAUAAUACUGUAGUUUAUAAAGGAGAAUAG